UUCAGGCACAGCUACUACCGACGUGUCGCUCCGGUUCGGGACGGACAGUUCACGGUUCUCGGUAUGGGGGGCUCUCAGAGCGUGGAGAUCCCCGGUGGGGGCUCGGAGGGCUACCACGUACUCCGGGUACAGGAGAACUCCCCUGGACACCGGGCGGGACUGGAGCCUUUCUUUGACUUCAUUGUGUCCAUCAAUAACACCAGACUGAACAAGGACAAUGACACCCUAAAAGACUUGCUGAAGGCUAACGUGGAGAAGCCGGUGAAGAUGCUGGUGUACAGCAGUAAGACCCUGGAGCUGCGGGAAUCCACGGUUACUCCGAGCAACAUGUGGGGCGGCCAAGGCCUUCUCGGAGUCAGCAUCCGUUUCUGCAGCUUUGAGGGGGCAAACGAGAAUGUUUGGCAUGUGCUGGAGGUUGAGCCGAAUUCUCCAGCCGCCCUCGCAGGUCUGAGGCCGUACACAGACUACAUCAUUGGGGCCGACACAGUUAUGAAUGAGUCAGAGGACUUGUUCUCCUUGAUAGAAACCCAUGAGGGCAAAGGACUAAAACUCUACGUUUACAACACAGACACUGACAGCUGCAGAGAAGUUGUUAUAACUCCUAACAGCGCCUGGGGUGGAGAGGGCAGUUUGGGCUGUGGUAUUGGUUAUGGUUACCUGCACAGGAUCCCUACGCGGCCUUUUGAGGAGGGAAAGAAGAUCAGCUUUCCUGGAUGUCCUCCCAGUGAACCAGCCAGCCCACUGAAGGAUGGCUUUACUGAGGUUCAACUUUCUGCAGUAACCCCGCCUCCGGUCUCACAGCCUGCACCCACUGGACUUGAGGAUAGCCUUUCCAGCUUAUCACUCAGCUCAGCUGCUCCAUCCAUACCUGCAGAACUUCACACAGGUGUGCCCACAGUCCCCUUGCUGCCCACUCAGGUCACUCCGGCACUGGGCAGUCUACCAUCAGGCAACCCCAGCGCUACGCUACCAGGGCUAAUGCAGUUACCUGCUGGCCUUCCUCCGCUGCCCAACCUUCCUAACCUCCCCAACCUCAACAUCCCCUUACCGGACCUCAGUGCUGUAUCAUUAGCAGGCAUCAGCGGCCUGCCUCCCUCUGCUACAGGUCUGCCGUCCCUUGCUCCUCUCGCUCCCCUCCCCCCUCUGAACCUGCCUGGAAUGGCUCCUUUGCCAAUGCCCAGUGUUCUGCCCUCCUCUCUGCCCACAAUGCCUGGAGUGUCUCUGCCCUCUGAUUUCGUCCCACCUGUCACCCUGUCGGCCAACCAGACCCCAGCACUCAUUCUGGAUGCCACACCUACCCCUGCGGUCACCGACCCGCCCACGGAGACGCUCAUUGCCACAGAUAUGACCUCGCAAGACACAACAGAGGUCCGCGCACAAGCUACCCCAGAGUCAUCAUAACAGCCAGGCAUUUUGGCUGCAUCCUAGAAAUGGAUCUCUUUCACUCUGUCUUUCUCUCUCUCUAUAUAUAUAUUAUCUCUCUCUCGCUUUCUCUUUCUCUCUCUCUCUUUCUCUCUCUCUUUCUCUCUCUUUCUCUCUGUACAUUUCUAUCUCUCACCCUGUCUCUCUCAAAUGUAUUUAUUCAGUCUAAAAAUGAUCCAGUGGGUAGAAACAUAUAAAUAAAUCACACAACACUGCUGCGUGGCUACUCUGAGUCCAGAGAACUGGAUCAUGGGGAGGAUGAGGAUGGACAGACAGACGAAUGCUGUAAAAGUGUUUUCUCCUUGCUUUCCCCUGCAUCUUUUUCCUGCUUUCAUUGCUUUCAUUAUGCGCUCUGUUUGUUUUUUUUUCCCACUCAAUUUAUUGUGUAAUCAGUUUGGACUUGUUAGAAUGAUUUAAUUCAGUUGUGAUUUCUAUUAGAUGUAAUGAUUAUGUCUGAUGCUUUUUUUUUCUCCCUCUUGAUUGUUUUUUCUUUGACUUUCACUGUACACUUCUCCCUGAAGGUUGAGUGGGCUUUGAGUGUAUGUUGUGUUGUAUGUGUGCAUCCUCUCCCUCUCAGUGAGGCCUCUCUGCUGAUCAGACUUGCUGAAACACACACACACAUACAUGCACCUGCUGUAGAGCUGUGAGGGGAAACUGGGGGGAAAGUUGAGCUUGUGCAAAUUUAAGGUUGUAAAGAACACACACAAGCAAUAAAGUACAUGAGGUUUUACAGUA